GAUUCAUUGGGGCAAUGGAGACGCCGACUCCUCCCCAGAAGCGUCCGCGGAACUCCGCCGCACCGUCGACGGGGAGCGGUGCCAAGGCCAAAGCAAAGGCCAAGGCACCUCCGGCAGCGAAGGCUGCAUAUGGAUCUCAAGCUGCAUCGGAUACAUCCACGCCGAACAAUCACACCAGUUCAACCACUGUCGCGUCCAAUGUUCCAGCCAUGUAUAUGGGGUUGCCGAUGUACAUGCCGAUCAAUCCGUACUUAAAACGACCGCCGCUUACGAUGCACGGCAUGUCCAUCGAUCCCGCCAGCGCGAUAGCGAUGAACGCCAAGUCGAACGCGACCCAGAAAGGGGAUGCAUUGACCAGUGGCAAGGGAACGUCAUCGUCCCCUGCAGGAACGCGGUACGACAGUUCCCUGGGUUUGCUCACCAAGAAGUUUGUGUCGCUCAUUCAAAACGCAACCGACGGCAACUUGGAUCUGAACCAGGCGGCAAUCUCGUUGGGCGUGCAGAAGCGCCGCAUUUACGACAUCACGAAUGUGCUGGAAGGCAUUGGGUUGAUUGAAAAGACGAGCAAAAACAAUAUUCACUGGAAAGCGGGGGCGAGUGGGGCGACUUGCUUGACGAGUGGCGGCGGCGGCGAAUCGGAAUCGGACAACGACGGCACCGCUGUGCCGUCUUCGCUGACCCGAAUGGAAGAGUAUUCCAAGGUGAAUGAAGAAACGCAGAAGCUCGUGGAAGAAGAGAAGCUGUUAGAGCACUACAUUCGCCACAUGACAAUCAGUGUGAAGCAGCUCAACGACGAAGGCGGAGGCGAUGAUGCGUCCGGCGGGUGCAGCUUCAUUUCACAUCAAGACAUUCGCGCGAUGGAGUCGCUGGCGGAUCAGAGCAUCAUGGCAAUCAAGGCGCCACCGGGGACGACGCUGGAAGUGCCCGACCCGGACGAAGGCAUGCCUCCUGGAAGCCGAAGAUUUCAGAUCUUUCUCAAGAGCAACGAAGGCCCGGUGGAUGUUUAUUUAGUUAGCCAAGCAUCUACUGUGCCCGACCCGACCGAGAUGAAGAAGGAAGUGCCCCCGUCGCUGUCGUCGACCUUCCUCGGCAACAUCAGCCACACCGACGCAGCGGGGCUUGGUGACUAUGAAGAUUCCGACUUCGACUCGGGCUUGUUCAAAUUGGCGCCACUCAAAGCCGAUCCCGACUUUUGCUUCAAUUUGGACGACAACGAAGGCAUUUCAGACUUUUUUGGCACGCACACGUUCCCCACGCAUCCAGACGCAGCCCACGAUGAAGACGAAGAUAACUUUUAGUGUAACCUUAUAUAAUGCAUGGACCGCCGCGGACUGCGGUCCUCUCCGGACGGAGUCUGUUGGCUGGUGUGCCAAAGCAU